AACCAAUACGACAUCCGGGUUGAAAUGAUGAAGUUGUGAUGAUCAUGAUUUUGCAGUAUAAAGGAAUGACAUGAACUUGGGUACACGAGAUUGAAAAUGGAGAAAUACAUAGCUUAACACUUGCAAUUCGAAUCUAUGCCAUUUUGACCAAAAUUUUCAAGUUUGAUAGGUGAAGAUGGAGGACUACAAGUACUUGUUUAAGGUUGUGUUGAUUGGUGAAGCAGGGGUUGGGAAGACAUGUUUGGUCAGAAGAUUUACUCAGGGUCUGUUUCCACCAGGACAAGGGGCUACCAUUGGUGUGGACUUCAUGAUCAAAACUGUAGAAGUAAAUGGAGAGAGAAUUAAACUCCAGAUUUGGGAUACUGCUGGACAAGAGCGAUUCCGUUCCAUAACGCAGAGUUACUACCAUUCAGCAAAUGCCCUUAUCCUGGUGUACGAUGUCUGUAGUCAGCUGUCCUUUGAUAAUGUUCCCCACUGGAUUCAGGAAAUUGAAAAAUAUGCGCAUACCAAAGUCUUCAGCUACCUAGUUGGAAAUAAAAUUGAUCAAAUAAACAGACGAGAGAUUCCAGCACAUAUUGGUGAACAGUUUGCUAAACGCUAUGAAAUGAAAUUCAUAGAGACGUCUGCUAAAGAGGCAGAAAACGUGGACGCUUUGUUUUAUGACAUUGCUACAGAACUAACAAAACAGGCCCAACACCAGGCAUUGGAGUCCGAUAAGGGUGUCAAUUUCAGGGCCCAUAACACAUCCACUAUAUCAAGCUGCUCAACUUGUCUUAAAUUCUAAGGUUUAAAAUCAUAUACUUAUAUUUCCAUUAUGAUUUUAUUAUUGUACAGGAGAACACACUUUAUAUAGAAUUCACUGUUACGUAAAAAUAAUGGCACAUUUUGUAGAAUCACAAUCUCGUACAUGUGUCUUAAACUUUGGUUUUGUCAUUCAGCAAAGAAGUGAAAACAUUUGUUUUAUACUAAAAAAUGCUCUCAGUGCUGUCUCUGAUCACUGCCAUUGUAUUAGUGCAAUGUACAUAAAAUAGUAAAAUUUAUACUAUACCUAGGAAGGACCUAAUAACAUUAUUGGAAUGGUAAAUUUUGGUAAUCCAAAAUGAAUUCUAAUGAUAAUUUAAGAAGAAAACCCUCAUAUAUUGGGAAAUAUUUUGUGUUUAAUCAAUUUUUUGCAGUGCAAAAUUUUGAGUGCGAGUCUGAUGAUUGUCUUUCAGAUUGGAUUUCAGGUUUGUGUGACAGAUAAUGAGAUGUUAUGGAAAUGUGUUUGUAAUUGUCAUUCAGUAUAGACUGCUUGCCUUAUUGUUGUUCAGAUGUGCCAUGAUAAUUGAGUGAAAAAUGUAUCGCACUUUUCUUUUGAUUAUUAUACGUCUACAAAAUGCACAUUUAUUAAAAGCAUAGGCAUAAAUAACUGCUAUUGUAAACUGUUGAAAAUUGGAGUUAGUGUGAAUUAAAGUAAAUUAAUAUCAACAUGUGUUAAACAUUCUGUAGCUGAUUUUAUAUACUGAAAGAGACUAUAAACAGAAGCAUCAGUUAUUCAUUCUAAGUGAAAAUAUUCUAGAAGGAAUGUAUAAAUUACCUAUAAUUGUAUUUUUCUUUUACAUCAUUGAAAUUCAUUUAUGGAGUUUCAUGCUUGCAUUCUUUGGGUUUUUUUAAUUGUAAAACAUGUGAAAUUUAUUUUAUCUAUUGUAAACCUGUAUCGGUAAAUAAAACUGGCAUUCCUCGGAAAACAUUUCAAAAAUUUGUAGUCGUUAAACAUGUACCAAAAUAAACAUCCAUUUCAUUCACUUCAAAGUCACUACAUUUUUGUUACAAUUUGUUUUCAUUGCUUGAUAUCCAUUUUUGUAUGAUUUUUUUCUCUAGUCAAUGUUAAAGAGUCUUUAUUUGUUUAUUUUUAUGCUCCCGAAAUCAGAGAUCCGUGGGCAUAUAGUUUUUGAUCUGUCUGUUUGUUUGUCUGCAAAAACUUUAACCUUGGCCUAAAAUAGAUGGUGAUAGGACUUUCACAUUUCACAUGUGUAUUCUUUGUGACGAAACCUAAUAAAUUGGUACCAAAAAAUUUUACCUUGACCUCAGGGUUUGACCUACUUUUGAAAAACUUUUACUUUGGCCAUAAGUUUUGAAUGGUUGGUGAUAGGGCUUUCAUAUGUGUAUUCCUUGUGACAAGAUCUUUAUUUAUUUAGCAAAAAUUUUGACCUAUUGACAUUAGGGUUUGACCUACUUUUGAAAAACUUUUAACCUAAGUCAUAACUUUUGAAUGCUUAGUGAUAGGGCUUUCAUAUUUCAUAUGUGUAUUCCUUGUGACAAGACCUUUUUUGAGUACCAGAAUUACUUUUUCUGCCAUAUGGGAGCAUCAGUGUUUCAUAAACACAUCUUGUUAGGUUUUUUUUUUUUUUUUGGUUGUUUUUUUUUUUGUAUUGUCUGCUGAUCUUUAUAUUUUAUGUUAGUAUUGUGCCAACUUGUAUCCCCUGCAACCAGUAUUGCUUAUCUUCAUGUUUUUAGAACAACACCAACAUAUUUUUUGUUUCUUUAUUUUAUUUUCUCUUUGUUUAUCAGUAUCUGCAGUAAAAAAAAAAAAAAAAAAAAAGCUCUUUGACAAAUUAUACCAUCACAUUAUUACUGUUGACUCACCAGUCUUUUCCAAACUUGUUACAUAGAUUAGCAGUGUCAGGUGUUUCAUAUGCAGAAGGCUUCAUUUUGCCCCCCCCAACACACACACACACACACACCACACCCAAGGUUAGUUUGCCUCAUUUAUUUAAAUAAUUUAUCCAAGCAAGAUGACAUUUUCACAUAGUAAUUUUCUUAAGAGUUGAAUGUACACUUACUCAAGAAAGAGGGUUUAUUUCAUGAUAUACCAAUGUGAGCAAUAUGUUUUACAUCCCUCGUACUCGGAAUGGUUGGAAUUUUUAUUUUGCGUUAAAGCAUUUGAAGUUAGUUUAUCUACCUCUCACUCUGUACCAUAUGUGAAAGAAAUCCAAAGAUUUAGCAUAAUAUCUCCACAUUAGUUAACAUGCUUGAUGUACAAUUUUUGCAUAUGUGGUGCUGUUUUGUCAAGUUGUUAAGAAUACUCAACAUUUCCAUUGUUUUUGUCAGUAUGCUAAAUACUUGUAUUAAAUUUUUUGAUUGAA